GCUAACACAAGGAUAGGCUGUCAUCGCUGCUAUUCUCUACUCUUGCAAAGCACCUCACCUGUAGGAGUGUGAGACAUAUUACACAGACGAGCUCAGCUCUAGAAGGUGCACACACAAAGGACAGCCCCGCUUCUCCAGUUACUGAUAUCUCCAUCCAGCUUAUCCUGAGCUACAGCCAAGCACUCUACCAGGAUGGCAUCAGGUGUCCAGGUUGAUAAUUCGGUUACCCUCUUGUUCCAAGAAAUGAAGCUGAAGAGGUCUGCAAAGAAAGCCGUUUUCUUUGGCUUCAGCAGUGAUGAAAAAAAAAUCGUUGUGGAAGAGGGGAAGGAAAUCUUGUCAGAUGACUGUGCAAAUUUUUUACAGAGGUUGAAAGCACUCUUACCUGAAAACAAGUGCUGUUACGCCUUGUUGGAUAUUAAUUAUGUUACUGGGGAAUCAACGAAACAGGACCUGAUAUUUGUAAUGUGGGCUCCAGACGAUGCACCUAUUAAGCAGAAGCUAUUAUUUGCAAGCUCAAAAAACUACAUGAAAAAUGCAUUCUCAGGAGUGAACAAACAGUGGGAGCUUCAUAGCCAAGAUGACCUUACAGUCGAUCAGCUGGCACAAAAACUAACAAGUGCCAAAAUUAAAUCCUUGGAAGGUCAACACUUGUAGACAGCCGUUCAGUGCCAGUAACAUAGACAGCUUGCAAAUGUAGCAACCAUAGGCGUGCGCACAAGGUGUGCCAGGUGUGCCUAGGCACACCCUAAUCACCUUGUGCAGCACAGAUUCCCCC